AUGGCCAGUUUGGUUGCCAGGACCCUUACUUCCUCUAAAUCAGCGGAACUGGUACUUGUGGAAGGUCUCCGCUGCCUCCACGUUAGUAGCGUCCUCAGUGCCGAACCCCUGAAAAAGAAGAAGCGUGUCGAUCCACAGCAAGAACAAAAUCGAAUUCGUAGGAAGGCGAAGCGAAUCGAGCGGGAAAUUAGGCGCCUUUCAAAACAAGGCAAGAAGCUUAAACCCGUGGAAGAAAUAGAAGGCGAUAGACAGCUAAUGAAAGAAGAAUCCAGAGAUCGACGUCGACCACUGAUAGUCCUGUCGGAGGAAGAGAGAGAUCGGCAAAUCUUGCUACUAAAGGAGUGGGCACGUUACCAAGCCCGAGCUGCCAAAGAAGAGGAACAUAAAUUGCGUAGCGUGAGGGCGGCGCAGCAGAGGGCACUGCGAUCUCUUGCUGCAGUAUCUCCAUAUCACCUUUACGCAGCCGCAAUCCAGCCUGUCGGUGUCUUGACCCAGGAGGGGAAGGUGGUGGACGGUGAAACAGUAACACCAUUGCGCUUGAGCACGAGCGGACCGUUUGCUACUCCCCCACCGCGCGAUCCAAAGUCCUAUGAUGCACCAGAUGGUGAGAAGAUUGACCAGACCCCCACAUUCGAGUACGAAUUCGAAUUGGAUCGCAAAUUUAUGGCUGAGGCAAAGCGCAGCAAAUUCGUCAAAAUUUUUGGCAAGAAUCAGGCGCCAUUGCAGAAAUCAAAUGUUGAUUCCUAA